UUCUAGAUCUAGAUAUCUAGAUCUAGAAAAUUCUAGAUCUAGAUCUAGAUUUAGAUCUAGAUCUAUGGCGGCGGAUCUGGAAAGUCUGCAAGCACACAAUUUGGAGAGCUUCUUGUUUCUUGCGGAGUAUCGAUGGCUGCACGAUAUCCCCGUCACACACGUACUGAAACAGGGUACAUUGUCCGAAGUUCCAGAUGAGUGGGCUGCAAAGUUGAGGCAGAUGUCAACUGAUGACCUCAACAACCUCCCGUUCAUGAACACCACCAGUUUAGACAAGGAAGCAGACUGGCCUGAGUCUUUCCUGCAGUUCCUUUCCAAAGCUAACUCCUUGUCCCUGGACAGGGCCCAAAAUGUCGACUGUGCUGGAACUGGUUUAGAUGCAACAAUGUCAAGAGGAAUGAACCCAAAGAAGAAACACGAAGUUGAAUGGAUGGCUUCCCUCGUUGACAAAGUUGUCACAGAUGCGAAAUGUCAUCUUGUGGUGGAUAUUGGGUCAGGUCUGGGCUAUCUAGACCACGUGCUACACCAGGUGUAUGGUCAUCCAGUCCUGGGGCUAGAGACGAGCGAAAGUCACACCUGUGCAGCUGAGGCUCGGGCCUGUCAACAAGGUAUUUCUUGCGGAGGUGUGGUAAACAGGAAAUUCAAUAUCACAAAUGGUGACGAAUGUUUCCAGCAGCUUGAUGCCUUGAUACGGGAGGAAGCCCAAGGCCUAACGUGUCUUUGUCGACAUAAGAAAACGAGAGAAAACGAAGCCGGGGAACACCAUUGGAAGGGUACUGAUGGGGAGGAACUGAGAGUUUGUGUAAUUGGACUGCAUUGCUGUGGUGACCUUUCGACCUCCAUGCUGUCCCUGUUUGACCGCAGCGAUCACGUCAAGGCCCUGUGCUAUGUCAGCUGCUGCUAUCACAAGAUGGCUUACAGUGACCACACCUCCCCAGGGACGUUUGAGUAUUUUCCCUUCAGCCAAUCUGGAAAAAGUCAGUACCGUCAAGUUACCCAGAGUUCUCCCUGCCCACCUGUCUCGCCUUUCACACUGCGGCUGGGUGCUCAAGAGACUAAGUGCCGAUGGAGGUCCCAGACGGAAGAGGACCAUGCAGACCACACACGGCACGUCGCUUACAGAGCUCUCUUGGAAUUUACAAGUACUCCGAGCACAGCAAUGAGGCAGAGAGUGCGCAAAUGUGACUUUUCUAGCUUUCAGUCCUUUCUAACAUCAUAUUUCCCUGAGGAUAAAACUGAUGAUGAAACAAGAAGACAAAUCUGUGAUCUGAAGCGAUAUUUUUGUGAACACAAGGAUGUCUUUGAUUUGAUAGAGCCCUGGACAUGCCUUCAAGUGAUCAUCCAACCCGUUGUGGAGAGUCUUGUCUACCGCGACCGCCUCGUUUGGUUGAAGGAACGAGGACAUUUCGACUCACGAAUUGUGCCAGUCUUUGACGAUCUCAUCUCCCCAAGGAACCUUGCUUUGGUGGCGAUUAAGUCGUCGGGCUGAAGAAAGAAUGACCACAGAUGUUUGGACUAACAUUUUUUAAAAUUGAAUUUUGUUUUUUAAUGUAGGUGUUUUUAACAUCUCCAUCAGCACAAUUUAGAUCAUUAAGGAGGUGGGCUUCUGAACUUGCUUGUCUGGGCCAACACUGGCUGAGAGGGAUUCAGCAUCCCAGCAGAAAGACUGAGAUAUUUCUUGAUAUAAAUUUCCUUCCUACUCGGGAUUUGAACUCGGGUCUGUUGCAUGCGACAGCAGAGCACAUAACUACUACACCAUAGAUGCCGGUACUUAAUGUUAUUUUACAGUCGAGUCUAUUGUAGAGCUUACCAGUUUAUAACAAUAUUUUCAUCUUCCCAAGGAGUCUUGCGUGGUGGCUGAUAAGUCUCUCACACUCAAAAAGUAUUCAAAUUUAUCAUACUUUGUCUCAGACUUGACUGUAUGUGAGGCAGCGUGGUGGAAUCAGGCUCUCGUCAAAAUAAUCAAAGUGAAGAAACUUGCAUUUUU